AUGACGAAGAUAAGUUUAAAAGUUCAUGGCAUCGUCGUCAACGUCCUCAUCAUCACUUUCGUAACUUUCAUGUUGUGUGGCCCAGGUGGCAGCAGCAGUAGCAGCCUAAGUAGUAGUAGUAGCGGUGGCCGAAGCAGUAGUAGAAGAAGUAACGGAGAACUGAGUGACGUGUCGCGUUUAAAACGAUUCAACAAAAGCAACAACAACAACAACAGCAAAAACAACAACAACAGCAACAACAACAACAAAAUUAAUGUCGUUAAUGUAGUCAACAAAAACGAUAACAAAUUCAAUAAAAACAUUGCAAAAAAUAAGAACAAGCUUAAUCGCAAUCGUCGUCCAGAUAACAACAACAAGAGUAGCAGCAGUAGAAGCAACUACAACGGCUACAACAUUAAUAUAAAUAAAAAUAAUAACAACACUAAAGUUAGCUAUAGAAAAAACAACAUGAAUACCAACCAUGUUUACGGGCAUAAACAUUCCGACAACAACAACUACCACAAUAACAAUAACAACAAAACAAGUAGUUUUAACAACACCCAUAACAACAACAACAUCAGCAACAACAACAACGAAAUUAGCGACAAAAUAGUUAUAGACAACAGUAGUUUAAUUAGCACUCAAAAGGACAACAUCAACAAAAUCAAUACUGGACACACUGGUCACAUUAAUAAUGCUAGUAACUAUUUUAAUACAAUCAUCGUCAACAUCAACAACAACAACAACAUCAACAACAACAUCAACAACAACAUUAACAACAACAUCAACAACAACAACAUCAGCAAUAACCACAACAACAACAUCAACAACAACAAUAACUGCAUAUUACCGCCAUCCUGGCACGGAAAAUGGUACGAAGGUGAACUUGGCUUGAUUGACCUGAGGUCAAAGCGCACUCCUAUCGCACAUUGCAGCGGCCAGGCCACCUCGACGCCUAAAACGCUCAUCCCUACUUUGCCGGAUAAAACCGGACGAGAAACCUUAUCGAGUGUCGGCCAUAUUUACUCGUCUGGACCCAAAAAUUAUAAAUAA